ACGUCAAAAAAAAAAAUCCGCCGGACCGAACGCACGCACCCUCUGUGAAAUUUUCUGUCGAAAACCCGUUACGCCGCCGUCGCCGCGUCGUCGUCGCAGUCGCUGUUUAACAAUAAUAAUAAAAAUUACGAAAUAUUAAAUGCAAUUGUUUGCAACAAUUAAAACAGAAAAUUAAGGAGAAUUCUGUAUGAGAAAGAAGUGCAAUAAUCGAAAGGCAGCAACAAUUAAAAGGCCCUCGAAAGUGCAAGAGUGUGUGUGUGCUUGUGUGUAAACAACAGUUAAGAAACCAACAACGAAAGAGGAGAAGCGAAGCCGAAGCGAAGACGAAGGAGUGCUCAAGAAGGAGAAGAAAAAAACCAAACCCCGCAGCAGCCAGGCAGCGCAGUCAACGCCGACGCCGGCUUGGCAUCAUUAGUUGGCGGCGACACGAUCCACGGUCCACGAUCCAGCGAUCGUGCCCUCUCGCUCUAGUGCACGCAAUUGCUUACCUGUCAAACAGGUUUCUUUUUCUUACGUCGCGCGCGCGUUUAUAUCGGAUCGGUGUAUCGGUGUGUGCGUGUGUGUGUGUGUUUGCUUCUUGGAAACCUUUCAAGCGUCAGGCGGCACUCUCCAGCUCUUUCGCUCUUUUGCAAUGCAGCUACGACUCUAACAACAAAAGCGACAACAGCAACAACAAGAAAAGAAGUGUGUAACGGAGAAGCAGUGUGUGUUUGGUGGAAAAAUGCUUCAAGACCAGGCCUAAAUCGUGUGUUGCUUAGUGUAUGAGUGCAUUCGGCCAUUUACGACAUAUGAUUUUGUUGGUUUUUUCUUGAUUUCCCCCUUGAUUUUGUUGCAAUAUUCCCGAAAAAGCAAAGAAACAAAAAACCAUGUCGCGCAAAAACAAAAGCUAAAAGAAGGGGAGAGAGAGAUAGAGGAGUGGGAGCCGAACAGCCGUUAUCUUAAAGGAAUAGCGGGAGUAGGUGGAAUAGGAGCAGCAAAUCUGCAGCACCAGCGAUAAAAGCAAAAACAAAGUGGUAGAAAUAGCAACAAAACUGUGCAAUCUUCGUAUACGAACAACAAGAACAAAACGCAGAAGGAUAACACACACAUCUCCCACCCGAAAAAGCAAAAACGGAACAACAACAAGGCGACACAAUGAGGAGAGCAGCAGCAAUAGAAACGCAAAGAGGAGCGACGGAGAAGGCAACAACAACGACCCGCAACAGAAGCGGCAGCGGCGGAUGGAGGAGGGGAACAGCGCUAACUGUUUGUCACUUAUUCUUGACCGUUCUCCUGGCAUUCUGUUCGACGAUCCUGGCCGACGAAUCCAUCGACACACGUGAGAAUGCGGAUCUCACGCUCAAGUGUCGCUUCACGGACAAAUACGAGUCGAAUGAUUUCUCAUUCUUCUGGACACGCUGGACAGCGAAUCCUGCACAAUUCGAUAAUGUGGCCAUCGGUGAAGUUCAAUUGAGUUCCGGCUAUAGACUCGACUUUCAACCGGAGCGCGGCAUCUACGAUCUGCAGAUCAAGAAUGUCUCCUACAACCGCGACAACGGACGCUUCGAGUGCCGCAUCAAGGCCAAGGGCACUGGCGCCGAUGUCCAUCAGGAGUUCCAUAAUCUAACGGUGCUAACGCCCCCACAUCCGCCUGUGAUUUCGCCCGGAAAUAUUGCCGUGGCCACCGAGGAUAAGCCCAUGGAGCUGACAUGCAGCAGUAUUGGUGGCUCCCCCGAUCCCACCAUCACUUGGUAUCGCGAGGGCUCCAACUCUCCCCUGCCCGCCACUGUACUGCGCGGCGGCACCAAGGAUCAGCCCACAAAUGCCACCCUGACGGUCACCCCACGGCGGGAGGACGACGGCGCCAAGUACAAGUGUGUUGUAAGGAAUCGCGCCAUGAACGAGGGCAAACGACUGGAGUCCACGGCUACACUGAAUGUCAACUACUAUCCCCGCGUCGAGGUCGGCCCCGAGAAUCCACUGCGCGUGGAACGUGACCGCACUGCAAAACUGGAGUGUAACGUCGAUGCGAAGCCGAAAGUGCCGAAUGUCCGCUGGACACGCAACGGACGCUUCAUUAGCUCCUCCCUCGUCCACACGAUCCACCGGGUGAGUGUCCAGGACGCCGGCAAGUACACGUGCAGCGCCGACAACGGACUGGGCAAGACCGGAGAGCAGGAGCUCAUUCUGGACAUACUGUACCCGCCGACGGUGGUCAUCGAGUCGAAGACGCGCGAGGCCGAAGAAGGCGAGACGGUGACGAUACGCUGCAACGUGACCUCGAACCCCUCGCCCGUGACCAUCGAGUGGCUGAAGGAGGGGGCCCCCGACUUCCGCUACAACGGGGACAUCCUAACGCUGGCCUCUGUGCGGGCGGAGCAUGCGGGAAACUACAUCUGUCGAGCGGUGAACAUCAUGCACAGCCAGGGCCAGGAGCGCAGCGAACGGAUUGGCAACUCCACGGUGGCCCUGCUGGUCCGCCAUCGACCGGGACAGGCCUACAUAACGCCCAACAAGCCAGUGGUCCACGUGGGCAACGGCGUGACGCUCACCUGCUCGGCCAAUCCGCCGGGCUGGCCCGUGCCCCAGUAUCGCUGGUUCCGCGACAUGGACGGGGAGUUCUCGAGCACCCAGAAGAUCCUGGCGCAAGGACCCCAGUACUCGAUACCGAAGGCGCAUCUGGGGAACGAGGGCAAGUACCAUUGCCAUGCGGUGAACGAGCUGGGCAUCGGUAUGAUGGCCACCAUCGUGCUGGAGAUCCAUCAGCCGCCGCAGUUCCUGGCGAAGCUGCAGCAGCACAUGACCCGCCGCGUGGGCGACACGGACUACACGGUGACGUGCAGUGCCAAGGGAAAGCCCGCCCCCAGUGUCAAGUGGCUGAAGGACGAUGUGGAGAUCAUACCCGAACUGAAUCUGUACGAAGUGCAAACGAACCCCGAUCAGGGCUUGAACGGCAUGGUCACCGUUCAGAGCCAGUUGAAGUUCCGUGGCAAGGCCCGACCCAAUGGCAACGAUCUGGUGCCGGGAGACCGGGGACAGUACACGUGUCUGUACCAGAACGAAGUUAACUCGGCCAACUCCUCGAUGCAGCUGCGGAUCGAGCACGAGCCCAUCGUCCUGCAUCAGUACAACAAGGUGGCCUUCGACAUCAGGGAAACGGCCGAGGUUGUGUGCAAGGUCCAGGCGUAUCCCAAGCCCGAGUUCGUGUGGCUCUUCGGCAACAAUCAGUCGCCCUUGACCAUGUCCUCCGAGGGACACUACGAAAUAAGCACCACUUCGGACAAGAACGACAUCUACACCUCUGUGCUGAGGAUCAACUCGCUGACCCACUCGGACUACGGGGAGUACACGUGCCGCGUGGCCAACAGCCUGAACACCAUACGUGCCCCCAUCCGACUGCAGCAGAAGGGUCCGCCGGAGAAGCCCACGAAUCUGCGGGCCAUGGACGUGGGCCACAACUACGUGUCCCUCAGCUGGGAUCCCGGCUUCGACGGGGGUCUGAGCAAGACCAAGUUCUUCGUCAGCUACCGACGCGUGGCCAUGCCCCGGGAGGAGCAACUGAUACCCGACUGUGCCACGCUGGCGAACUCCAACUCGGACUGGGUGGAAGUCGACUGCCAGAGGGAUAUACCCUGCAAGGUCACGUCGCUGGAUCAGCACCAGAGCUACGCGUUCAAGGUGAAGGCACUCAACCCGAAGAGCGGCUCGCCCUACUCCAAUGAGAUCCUGGUGACCACCAAGGUCAGCCGGAUCCCGCCCCCCCUGCAGGUCACCUACGAGCCGAGCACCCGCACUCUGGGCAUCGAUGUGGGUGGCACAUGCCUCUCCCUGGUGGCCGUCGUGGAGACCAUGGUGCACGGGGACACACCCCGGGCCGCCUGGGAAGUGGUCGACACCGUGGACAACCUGCAGCUCUCGGGCAAUGGCCCCACGCACAAGGAGAAGAUCAUCGACCGUCUGAUGGGCACACGACGCAUUGGCGGCGGUCGGGCCUUGGGGCACACCAUCAGCGAGGAUGAGGACGACUCGGGGCUGAAUACGCUGGCCCUCGAGGACGAAAACAGUCCGACGGUGCGCGUCAAGCUCUGUCUGCGCAACAAUCCGGAACACUGUAGCGAGUACACGGAUGCCGAGAUUGGCCGACCCUACAUAGCGGAGGCUUCGGCCCUGGCCACGCCCACACUGAUUGCGAUAAUCGUCUCGUGCAUUGUGUUCGCCCUGUUCGCCGGCCUGCUGCUCAUGUUCUGCCGCUGCAAGCGAAAUCAAUCGAAGAAGAGCGCCGCCGCCAAGGACUACGAAAUGGACUCCGUCCGACCCUCCAUCGUUGCCGCCCAACAGAGCCAGGCCCCGCCGCCAUAUUAUCCCGCCAGCGGUCUGGACAACAAGGCCCUCGAGCAUUCGAUGGACCUCGCGCUCAGCAUGGAGGAGCAGAAGACGGCCCUCUAUGCCACACAGAACGGCUAUAGCUAUCAUCCGGGCAGCGGUGUUGUCGGCGUCGGUGGCAUGGGGGGCAUCGGUGGCAGUGUCGUCAGCGGCAUGGGUGUCGGUGGCAUCGGUGUGGGCGGUGUUGGCGGCGUCGGUGUCGGCGGCAUCGGUGGCAGUGGCGUCGGUGUGAAUGGAAUACCCGGCCUGACAGGACACACGAUGCCAGGAAAUGAAUGGGUCAACAUGGGCUACAUGGAGAACAACUACUCGAACUCGAACAACGGCGGCAGUGUCAACUCGCAGGACUCGCUGUGGCAGGUGAAGAUGUCCGCCGCUGCGGUGGGCAACCAGCAGAGCAUGGUGCAGGCACCGCUCAACCAGUAUGUGGAGCAGCAGCCCACCUACGGCUAUGACCCCCUGACCCAUGGCGGCUAUGGCGCCGUCGAUGACUACGCCCCCUAUCCCCACUUGACGGCCACGCCCAGCCAGGUGGGCGACGAGUACCACAAUUUGAGGAACAGCCAGAAUCCGUCCCGACAGGACUACUGCAGUGAUCCCUAUGCAUCCGUGCAGAAGCCCAAGAAGCGUGUAGAUCAGCAUUUAGAUUCACCAUAUCACGACGUAAGCGGCCUGCCGAAUCCGUAUAAUAUGGAGCAUAUGGAACAGGAUGAGGUCCUGCCACCCCAACAGCACAUGUCCCUCAGCUACGAUGACAGUUUCGAGGGCGAGUACUCGACAACGCCGAAUGCCAGGAAUCGUCGCGUCAUACGCGAGAUCAUUGUCUAGAAAAACGCAAAAAAGAAGGAAGUCCGGCAUCAAAAUCCAGCACUCAAUAUAUCUAUCUAUAUCUCUAUAUCCUUCACACACAUGCUAUACCAUCGAAUCGAAUCUACUCGUAAACCCUUACACACAACAUUCAUAAUCAUCAUCAUCGAAAAAAAGAGUCUUAUUAUUUUUGUACUUCUUCAACUUCUUGAACUCAAAUUCUAAUUUGAAAAGUGGCCAUUUUUGAAUACUUUUUUUUAUUUAAAUAUAAAUAUAUAUUUUUGAUGUAAGCUUAGUUGAGGGAUACGACGAACGUGUGUUGAGUUUUAUUGGCAACGAAUGAUAUACAUAUAAAUACCAUACCAUACCAUACGAUACGGGCCCCUCCAUCAUACCCUAGCAGAUACAUAUGAUGGACAGGCAUAGGCAUAAGCACUAGAUAUCCAGAUGGGAUCUAUCGGAUCUAUACACAGAUACACACAGUUACAGCUACAGUUACAGACACAUCACCCACUGGACGAGCACUUAAUGUUACGAUCGACGAGCAGGUAGCAAAUAGGUCUUAAAUAUUAGCUAAUAGUACAGUCUAUGAUCUAGGUCCCAGUUUGCGAGCGAAACGAGAAACGAGAAACGUGUAAAACUUUAAGGCAUCCAAUGUUGAAAUGAGAACAAAUUCAAAUUUCAAAGAAAACAUAAGAAAAAUCUCACACACCUAGGAUUAGGGAUCUACAGAUACAGAUACGGAUUAAUCCUUAAGUGAUUCGCGUUGGUUCUGUGCUUUCUUCUCACAGAUUCUCCAACAAAACAAAAGUAUAUUUAAACAGUACGACCUGCCACAAAAAAAAAAAAACAAAAAACCAAGAAAAACUUAAAAAAAAGUAAAGAAAAACUUACCUUAAACUAGUUUUAAAUUUUUAAAUAAAUCUGAGAAAAAAAAAAGAAAAAAAUAUGUUGCUUUAAGUAAGUUCUAUGAUAACAACAAAUAACUACAACAGAAAACUUUAAAAGAUUAUUACAAAUAAUUGAAAAAUAGAAAACCACAAAAACAAACUCCUCCAAUUCGAAGAAAACUUUAAUAUAAUUUAAAAAAUUUAGCAUUUAAUUUAAAAAAAAUGAUUGUGUUCUGUUUUCCAUUAUUGUUUCGAAUCCUGACGAGCUUUUUGUUGAAAUUCAAAAUUUUAAUAAUCAUAUUAAAAUAAUUUGUAAUUAUUGUUAAGCCUUCUAUCCAAUCCAAUCCAAUCUAACAACGAUUCAUUCAUUCAUUAAGUUAUGUUAACAAUAUAAAUGUUUUGUUUGUGCAUUGUGCGUUGUUUUAUUAAUUCCCCUUCAAGUGUUUUUUGCAACUUUUUGACACACACACACGGUAAACGAUAAACGAUAAAAGAUUAACGAUAGACGUUAGACACGAUGCGGAACAUUUUGUGUAGCUAAGAUUUAAUUGUAAAUACAUGUGUAAUUUGUAUAUAUUUACUUGAAUUGCAAAAAGUAAAUAAGCAGCAAGCAGCGGCAACUUAAACUAAAUUGUAGUUAAUUUUAACAAUUUCAAAAUGAAUUUAACUAGUAAGCAAAUGUUUAAGAGAGCAAAUGCCACACAAAAAA